AUGAAACAUACUGAAAUUGCGCGCCAUUCUUACCUGUUCUUUAUCCCGGCUUUUGUCAGUGAAAUUUUCUGGUGCACAAAAGCGUCCCUGGCUGAGUUUAGCAGACGGCGCAGCAAGCAGCUGGCCACCAAGGCGGCCCGCAAGAGCGCGCCGGCCACCGGCGGCGUCAAGAAGCCGCACCGCUACCGGCCCGGCACGGUGGCCCUGCGCGAGAUCCGGCGCUACCAGAAGUCCACCGAGCUGCUGAUCCGCGAGCUGCUCAUCCGCAAGCUGCCGUUCCAGCGGCUGGUGCGCGAGAUCGCGCAGGACUUCAAGACCGACCUGCGCUUCCAGAGCUCGGCCGUGAUGGCGCUGCAGGAGGGCGUCGAGGCCUACCUGGUGGGGCUCUUCGAGGACACCAACCUGUGCGCCAUCCACGCCAAGCGCGUCACCAUCAUGCCCAAGGACAUCCAGCUCCAUACAGGUCAAUGGAGAGCUUCAUUAUAGGACAGUCUUCCCCCAUCCAAAGGCUGUCAAGAGUCACAUCCAUUUUUCCUAACAGCACACAUGCUUUGAGGCACUGCUCUCACCACCACCCUCGAUGUUGCCAAAUGAAAUGCAAUAUUGGGAUCCCAUUGGUAGGUAUGACACCAUUCUGGAGCCCGAGAAAAGUUUCUCACAUUUGGCAUGAGCCUAAAAAAGUCGGGGCUGUUGCUUCAGGGUAAUUUCUGUCACACCUUAAACUACUCAAAACAUUUAAGGGAUGUUUCCCAUAACUAGUAACUAGUGCUAUUGAAACGUAAAGUGCCCCUAAUCACACAGGCUGUUCUGCCUUACAGGCCUCAAGGUCCCAGUGGAGUAAGGAAGAUACCCUUAAGUAGCGGAUUCUGGUACGGUUUGACAAAGGGCUGCUUAGGAAUGAAGCAUCCGUGUGGUGGGCUCUGACAACCCCCGGCCUCUCCUCCCAGGAGGAAGGUCCGUUGAUAAGCACCACACCUAACUUUUCUUGCUGUUGUAACAAAAUAAGGAAAACCCCUGCCUAGGUUUUUAUUGCCCAGAGCAGAGUCUUGCCUCCUACUCCGUGUUCACUGAACUCCUUUAACUGAUGUCAUUUCAAAAAGGAAAAAAAAAAAAAAAACAUUCUUAGCAGUUUUUUCUUCGUCAUGGACACCCUUGGGUGCCUGGUGACAUUUAUGGAAAUCCUUCUCAGAAUAAUAUUUGAAGUGCAUAAAAUGCAAACAUUGCAAAAAAUGCAUCCCAUAAUUUAUCACUAUUUUUAAGAAUAAAUUUGAUAGGACUGACACGUGUGCCUCAAUAGUGAACACAUUACAUAAUACAAUCUUGGUGAGCCUAAUGACUGCCAUCAAUAAGUAAGCGAGUAAAUAAAGGUUCAAGAUAA